AUGAAUUUUAAUGUCUGGAAUAUCAAAGAGAUGCUCAGUAUUCCCUCAGGCUCUGGUCCCGCUAAGUCAUCUACCUGGACCAAUAAUCAGACUGAUUACUCCAGUCUCAGUGAUUCCCAGUUCCUCUUUGGAUCUCAGUUCUGUCCAGAAAAUUCAGAGACCUUGUCAGCACCGUUGGACUUUGGUGCCCACUUGAGACAGCCCAAGCAGUCACAACAGAAUUCUCUGGAUAGUGAACCUAGUAUUUUCACAAAGUACCAGACAAAGCCCCAGCUGUUUGGAGGAGAUACAAAAGGUGGAGGCUUAUUUCCUCUUCCUUUGCCAGUUGGAAAAUCAAAAGGCCUCUUGGAACAGUUUGAGGAGAAAAAGAAAAGGGCCAAAGAUAAAUGUGACAGCGAGACUCUGUACAACUUCAUUUCCCAUAUCAGAGAAAGCAUUCACAGGUUGCAGACAUCUGUGGAAAAGUCUGAGGAACAUCUCAGUGCAAGAAGCCAAUCUAUUUUGGAUUCUUUGGAGACUGUGGCCAAGACAUUGCAAGAAGCUGCGCAGGCCCAGAGUGAUCGGGCGUUGGAAACGGGGCAGGACAAAGGCAACAUGGAACAGGCCAUCCUUGAAAUGCAGAAGAGAUCUGAAGCCAGACAAGCAGAGUUUAUAGAAAUGAAGUCCAGCCUGAGGCACCUUGAAGAUUUAGUGACCCAGCAGAGUAAGGACGUCCAGCAGCUGUGUGAGCAGCUGGGCCAGCUGACUGCGCCCAGUGUCCUAGCAGAGCUGAAGAGACAGACGUCGUCCGGGCCUGGGGUGCCCGGGCACAGGAAAGACAGCAGCUCCCAGACCUCACCGCCUCUGGCCCAGAGCCCGCAUGUCAGCAGGCAGGACAAACUCACCGCUGAGGAAGCAGCCAUGGGGCAGGCCCAGGCCCUCCCUGCUGCAGGGAAGGUUAGGAUGGGCUCCCUGCGGCCUGAGGACGUGGGUGUCUGGGGUGAGGGAGCCAAGAGUGCUGCUCUCCAAACAGAGGCUGUGCUGCCGGCAGCUGGAGGGGGCAAAAGAAACAGGCGCAUCAGAGACAAGGCCGUGCAGCCCCAUUGCAAGAAGCGGGUUGUUACUGAGACAGGCCCUGAGAGCCACGGUGCCAGCAUUGAGGCUGCCCAAGGAGCCCCACAGCUUCUGUCCCUGGACUUAAACAACUUUGCGACCAGCAGUAGGAACACCCGCCAAAAAUGUCGAGCCAACCCCUCUGAACAAAGUAUAGUGACUGAACAGAAAGGCACAGCUAUCGAAAGGGGGGGGACAGGCAAACAGCAGCGGCCCAGGAAAGCCCGCAGAAGCAGGCCCCUCGCCAGGAAGCAAGAGCAAAACUCAAGCAAAACCCAUGCUUUCAAUUUUAAAUGUCCUCCACCUCCAGUUUUGGGCUCCCAAAGCUCCUCCCUGGAGCAGCAGGAACCCCUUGUUCAGCCCCUGCAUCGGUGCUGCCCCAGGAGCCCCCCAAAGCCAGUCUGCCCCGUUCUGGGAGGGACAGUCACACCCAGAAAGAGGGCAAACGCAGCACAAGGGGACCUCCUGCUGCCCAGACAGUACUCUUCUCAAGACAACAGCUCCCACGGGGACCAGCAGAUGAGCUGGUUCAGCGACCUCAACCUUGAAAAUUUCGAGUCCCCUCUGUGCACGCAGCCAGAGAAGAACCUGCUCUAUGACCUAGGCUUCGAUAGCAGCGACGAUGGCUUCUGACCCGCCACAGUGACCUCAGCUGGUGGUUUAUUGGUCUCCGCUGGAAAGACACAUCACAGAACACUUGGGCUGCUAACAGCAGAAAGCCCCCAAGCCUGCUUGGGACCCUGAGGGGGUGCAGGUCUGGCAUCCUGGAUACCAGGUGCUGCCCGUGACAGGGCAUAAGGGACAAGUGCAUCCUUAUUUAUUGGAAUGAAGAUGGUGGUGAUGAGAGCUGGGCAGCAGCCUGGCGUGGGGCAUCAGGAAGAGGGGCUGAGUUGGUGAAAGGAAGGCUGGUCCCCAAAGGGAGUACUGAGUAGCAGAAGGCUCUCUCAGAACUGUUGUUGUGGGAGCAGAACUCUCAAACACAACAUCUUUGGUCUUCACAGUAUUCCCCACACAUGACAAAUACCUUUCCAGGCCUCGGGAUUUUUUUCUUAUUAUUUUUAUCCUGUUCUG